UUCAUAAACUCUUCUGCAAUUCUCAUCAGCAAUAGUACGUUUCUUCUUUACUAAAUUCCUUCUACAAACUUGCCCAUUUUCUUUUCAUUUUCUUCCAUGGAUAUCCAUAAUCAAGCUAAUCAAACAUACCAAACAUCAACUCUACCUGUUAAUCUUAUUAGACCAAUAUCGGUGUCCAAUAUCGAUAUAGAACGACCACAGAUAAUCGAAGAUAACAAAGACUACUUUGAUUACUCCCAAAGGGCACAGUGGCUUCGUGCUGCUGUCCUUGGAGCCAACGAUGGCUUAGUGUCGACAGUAUCACUGAUGAUGGGAGUAGGAGCUGUAAAAGAAGAUGUCAAGUUUAUGAUUCUGACUGGCUUUGCCGGUUUGAUAGCCGGGGCUUGUAGUAUGGCUAUCGGAGAAUUUGUCUCAGUUUAUUCACAACUUGAUAUUGAGUUGGCACAAAUAAAGAGAGAAAGUAUGGCAAGAAAAGAUGAGGAAACACAAAGUGAUGACGAGAAGGAAAAUUUGCCAAACCCAUUUCAAGCUGCUGGUGCAUCAGCAAUUGCAUUCUCCCUUGGAGCUAUGGUACCGUUAUUAGCAGCGGCAUUUAUAAAAGAUCAUAAGGUGAGAUUGGGAGUGGUGACAGGAGCGACGAGUUUGGCGCUGUUGGUGUUUGGAGGGUUAGGGGCUGUUUUAGGGAAAGCACCUUUGUUGAAGUCUUCUCUUAGGGUGUUGGUUGGAGGAUGGAUCGCCAUGGCUAUAACAUAUGGAUUGACUAAGUUGAUUGGAACCAGUGGACUUUAAUAGCUGACAGUUUAACGAAGUGAUAGUCAUCCCAUGUUAUUAUAGUCGUUUCAUUUACUUCUCACUUAAUCGGGUCCUUGAUUUCAUGCAUGCAGUUAUCGUCUAGUUCUUUCUUAUGACGCAACGUAUAUUGUAGACAUAUGAGUUUAGUAGUUGCUCCGAAGCCUGACUUGAGGUCAGCAAAUCGGAUAUCCACUCUAGAGUUUGGGGAUCUCGUAAAACCUACUCUUAUGUGUCUAAAGAAAACAAGCUUGUUAAAUAAAAAUAGAAGAUAUUGUGUGUCAACAAGUGCGUAAGUUUUGCCUUGUUAUUCAUUGUAUGCGAUGGAUUUGGGAAAUUUGCUGAUGCCGUUGUAGUAGGUAAAGUUAUCGGUUAAUGAUACCAGUCCAGUGGUUAUCGAAUUCGUAAGUUUUACCAGUACUUUCACACUCAGUUUAAGAGGAAAUUCUAGUAAUCUGAUUUUUAAUUGGGAUUUAGUCUUUAUUUA